GACGUCACACAAGGCGGGCCCAGGGUGUCGCAAUCCGUUGUUUCGAAGCGCCGCUCUCUCCCUCCAUUAUCGAAGUUUGCAUCAGCCGGGCAGCUAGUAGGGAGAGGGUGGCCCUGGGGAUUCUGUUGUCCCUCUUAUUGUCUGGUCAAUGAUUUCCUGAAUUCGCUACCCGGCCCCUCAACACUGGGAUUUCUUUUUCUGGAACGCUCGCACCGCCACCGCGAGGGGCCUGAAUUGAUCAGAGACAAGAUGAGUGUCAACGUACAGAUGGCAUCCAGGACCCUGCAAAAAAAGCGUCUAGAUUUGGAGGACCCUGCAGAUGUUGAAGGGCCAAAACUCAAGCGCCCUCGGCUUGCACAGUUACCAUCUCCAAGCCUAACACCCUGCUUGCAGGCCCCAAUAGAGAGCCCAGUUGUAGAAGCAAAGAACCAAAGUAUCUGCAGUAUUGGACCCUAUGUGCUACUGGAGGCCACAGAGGGUGCACAGUGCUAUUGGGCAGUACACAGGGGCAGCGAGGAGCAGUAUACUUGCAAGGUUUUUCCUAUGAAGCGUUACCAGGAGCUUUUUGCCCCUUAUGCCCGUUUGCCCCCUCAUGAACACAUUGGCAGAAUUGAGGAAAUCAUCACUGGCGAACAGAAGGUAUACAUGGUUUUCCCCAAAAGUCACGGUGACAUGCACUCCCAUGUACGACUAUCCAAGCGGCUCCCAGAAGCUGAAGCAGCGCUGCUCUUCAGACAGAUGGCAGCAGCAGUGGCUCACUGUCAUAGCCAUGGAGUAAUUCUCAGAGACCUGAAACUACGCAAGUUUGUAUUUGCUGAUAAACAAAGAAACAAGCUUGUUUUGGAAAACCUGGAAGACUCCUGUGUGUUGAGAGGAGAAGACGAUUUGUUAACUGACAAGCAUGGCUGCCCUGCCUAUGUUGGACCAGAAAUUCUUAACUCAAAGCAUUCCUACUCUGGCAGAGCUGCAGAUAUCUGGAGCCUUGGUGUAGUUCUGUAUACCAUGCUGGUAGGACGCUACCCUUUCCAGGAUGCAGAACCAGCUGCCCUUUUCAGUAAAAUCCGCAGAGGCACUUACAGCAUUCCUGAGUCUCUUUCCCCAAAGGCAAAGUGCCUCAUCCGCUGCCUUUUACGUAAAAACCCUGCCGAACGUCUCAGUGCAAGUGAGAUUCUUCUACACCCUUGGCUUAACUCCAGCAAUAUGGCUACCAUCAGCCCUAGUACAGGUCCAGUGGACAGCGUCUCUUUGGAACAGGUGGUUCCUGAUUUUGAAAAAUAUGAAGAUGUAGAUUUUUUAUAAAACUCACCUGAAUUUAGCUUUAUGCAGAGAUGCAAACCUUUGUGUGCAAUUUUGUUUACCUUCCACACUGUGAGAUAUACAGGUGGAGAUAGUUGAGCUACUGUUUUGGAUUUGUGGUCCUAGAGAAACUUGCAUUCACAUGAGAAGGACCUCAGCUGCAUCACUCUUUACAACACAGGUGCUAAGGAUGGGCAGAGUAAGUGCUACUCGGCCCCGCUCAGGAGUUUCUGGAGGUAAUCAUGUUUAACUUUUUCUUUCCAGUGCUGACCUCAUACUUGCAUCCAGUGGAACAUUUAUUUACUGAUCAACCAUUUGAUUGGAUACAAACUUGCCAGUUUAUGAUUGUUCAUUCCAGAACAGCACUUCUGUUUUCUGCUGGCCCACCGUUAAGAGCCUUAGGGUUUUAUCUGCAUUAUAGCAGGUGCUUGCCGUCUUUCAUCUUCUGAAAUAAUGCGGAUGUUCUUAUUUCAGCCUGGAAUACUUGAUGCCCUCAGCAUUAAUGUUUACAAAGAGAUACUGAAGCAGACCAGUGUGCCUUUUAAGUGGAGGAAUGCACACCUUCAUGGAUAACAGAAUCAUGCCGCUAACGUUGCUUUCUUUUUUUGGAAUACAGUCCCCACGAAAUGUGGCAUCUUGGAUAUGACAGGGUAUCGCUGGCUCCUAGGGAUGGCCGUACAUGUAAUCUACCUCUUCUGGGCACACCUGCAGGUGCCGGAUGUCUCUGUCUGCCAGUCAGUGCUGGGAAGGAGUAGCAUUGGCAGAGUUGGUUCCAUUUCUUGCUAGAGUCCCCAGUGGCUGAUUUUAAAAUAUUGCUAUGAGUGUAACAAAAAAGUUUUAUAUUGUUGAGUGAUUUACCAGGAUCUGAACAUUUAUUGUUGAAAUUCAGUUCAGUGUUUCAGUUUUAAAUCAAGAAAAAUGUAUAAUUAGGAAAAAAAUAAUGCGAGUAAACAACACAAAACAAAGUGUUCAUUAACAGUGAAUGUGGUGAAUCCUAGAUUGGAUUGGUAAUCGCAGCUCCCAUUGUGAGACGCACACUAUUGCUUAACCUAUCACUGCUUUUCUUUUCCUUUUAAGUUGCUAUGAAGUUUAUUUUGUUAUGGGAUAUGGUGUUAACAAUAUGGCUUUUUAAAUUUUGCUUGCAUGCCUUUAUACCGUUAGCCUUUAGUGGUACGUUUGUUUUUGUUUUGUUUUUUCUUUUUCUUUCAAAUCGGCAUUAAACAUUUCACAGUGAAACACUUUAAUGGCAGAAAUUGUGUGAUUAAAUAGUUUGAAUUAAUUAGGCUUAUGCAUGUCAGUCUUGCUUGGGAGAGAAACAGUAAUUGAAUCAUAAUGUAGACAUACUGUUUUAUGAUGCUUAAUAUGAAAUGUGCUAUAGUGAUUCUAUGUAUAGUACUUCUGUAACUUCCCACAUCAGCAACUUAAUGUUCCUUUAAUUGUGACACAUUGCUUGAAUGUAAGGUCCACACCAAAGUCUUGUAUGCAUUAAUCAUGUCAACUAACGUGUAAAAUUAUAUUGUGUGAAGAAGGCCAGUUUGCCCGGACACCCAAUCUGUUUUUUGCUGCUGUAUAUCUUGUCGUGUGAACAACAAACUAAACAUAACCAAAGAGUCGAACUGCAAAAGGGGAAAACUCAUGUUGAUGUUUGUUUUGUUACUCCAUAUGGCUCAUACAAAUGUAUGCAUCUGUUUUAAUAUUAUCAAGACUACAGAAGAGGAAAUUUUCAUUUAUAAACUGUACAUUUCAGAUCACAGCCUUGGGGAUUCUAGAACUAAGCAAAAGCUAUUGAGCACCGUUGCAUUGCCAAUAACGGGAUGUAUCAGACAUUGAAUUUUUGAUAACUGGCAGAAAAAGGGUGCCACAUUUAUGGGGAUGACUGCUUUUUAGUGGCAAAAAAUAUACUUUGUGAAUUUGUAAAUAUUUUUUUUUUAAUUUUGCAAACACUACAUUUUGAUUUAAUGUAUUUUUUUCUUUAUGCAAAGUAUAAUAAA